AUGCAUUGCCUGGCUCUUUCCCUGGGCUUCCGCUUCUUGACCCACAUCCCAGAAACCUUGCUCUUUGCGUAUUUCGCUGCCAUCUCCUUGGCUGACUCUCAGGGUCUCUUCCCAAGGCUGGAGAAUGUGGGAGCUUUCAAGAACGUGUCACUUGUGCCAACCCAAGCGACGUGUGGACUCCCAGACCGAAGCACAUUUUGUCAUAGCUCUGCUGUUGCUACGGGUCUUGGGUUCUGUACCCAGCGGCUUUGCAUUCAAGAUUGCCCCUAUAGAUCUUCACCUGCCGUCUACACUGCCCUGUUCUCCACAGGCCUUGGGAGCUGCGUCACAAUAGACAAGCAUGAUCUGUGUCCCAACUGCCAGAGCAAUUCCACAAGCUUUAUUUUUGGAAAUCACAAGAAUUGCUUUUCUUCUCCUCCUUCUCCGAGGCUGGCGGCAUCAUUUACUUUAGCUGUGUGGUUGAAACCUGAGCGAGGAAGUGUAAUGUGUGUUAUAGAAAAGACAGCGGAUGGGCAGAUUGUGUUCAAACUUACAAUAUCCGAGAAAGAGACCAUGUUUUAUUAUCGCACAGUAAAUGGUUUGCAGCCUCCAAUAAAAGUAAUGACACUGGGGAGAAUUCUUGUGAAGGAAUGGAUUCAUCUUAGUGUGCAGGUGCAUCAGACAAAAAUCAGUUUCUUCAUCAAUGGUUUGGAGGAGGAUAAUACAGCAUUUGAUGCAAGAACUCUAAGUGGUUCAAUUACAGAUUUUGCCUCUGGUACUACACAAAUAGGACAGAGUUUGAAUGGAUUAGAGCAGUUUGUUGGAAGAAUGCAAGAUUUUCGAUUAUACCAAGUGGCACUUACAAACAGGGAGAUUCUGGAAAUUUUUUCUGGAGAUCUGUUCAGAUUGCAUAUCCAGUCACAUUGCCGCUGCCCUGGCAGCCACCCUAGGGUCCAUCCUUUGGGACAGCGGUACUGCAUUCCUAAUGACGCAGAAGAUACCACCACUGAUAGGGUGUUACGGCUGAAUCCUGAAGCCCAUCCUCUUUCUUUUGUCAAUGAUAAUGAUAUUGGUACUUCCUGGGUUUCACAAGUGUUUACCAAUAUUACCCAGCUUCAUCAAGGAGUGACUAUUUCGAUAGAUUUGGAAAAUGGACAGUAUCAGGUGUUUUAUAUUAUCAUUCAAUUCCUUAGUCCACAACCAACAGCAAUAAGGAUUCAAAGGAAGAAGGAGGACAGCCUAGAUUGGGAGGACUGGCAAUUUUUUGCUAGAAAUUGCAGAGCUUUUGGAAUGGAAAAUAAUGGAAAAUUGGAAAAUCCUGAUUCUGUCAACUGUCUUCAGCUUUCCACUUUUACUCCAUAUUCCCAUGGUAACGUCACAUUUAGCAUCCUAACACCUGGACCAAAUCAUCGGCCUGGCUACAAUGACUUUUAUAACACCCCAUCUCUUCAAGAGUUUGUAAAAGCCACACAAAUAAGACUUCAUUUUCAGGGACAGUACUAUACAACUGAGACUCCUGUCAGCCUCAGGCACAGAUACUAUGCAGUCGAUGAAAUCACCAUCACUGGGAGAUGUCAGUGCUAUGGUCAUGCUGAUAAGUGUGACACAACAAGCCAGCCCUAUCGAUGCCUCUGCUCUCUAGAAAGCUUCACCCAAGGACUUCAUUGUGAUCACUGCUUGCCUCUUUAUAACGAUAAGCCUUUCCGCCAAGGUGAUCAAGUUCAUGCUUUCAAUUGUAAACCUUGUCAAUGCAACAACCAUUCCAGAAGCUGCCACUACAACAUCUCAGUGGACCCAUUUCCAUUUGAGCACCACAAAGGAGGUGGAGGGGUCUGUGAUGAUUGUGAGCAUAACACGACAGGAAGGAACUGUGAGCUAUGUAAGGAUUACUUUUUCCGACCAGUUGGUGCAGAUCCUUCCGCCAUGGAUGUUUGCAAACCCUGUGAUUGUGAUAAAGUGGGCACCAGGAACAGUGGCUUCCUUUGUGAUAAGAUUGGAGGCCAGUGUAAUUGUAAGAGACAUGUGUCUGGCAGACAAUGCAAUCAGUGCCAAAAUGGAUUCUACAAUCUGCAAGAGUCGGAUCCUGAUGGCUGUAGCUCUUGUAACUGCAGUACCUCUGGGACAGUGGAUGGAGAUACUACCUGUCACCCAAAUUCAGGCCAGUGCAAGUGCAAAGCAAACGUUAUUGGGCUUCGAUGUGAUCAUUGCAAUUUUGGAUUUAAAUUCCUCCGAAGUUUUAAUGAUGAUGGAUGUGAGCCCUGCCGGUGCAACCUCCACGGCUCAGUGAACAAACUCUGCAAUCCUCUUUCUGGGCAGUGUGAGUGCAAGAAAGAAGCCAAAGGACUUCAGUGUGACACCUGCAGAGAACACUUUUACGGGUUGGACAUCACCAGUUGUAAGGCCUGUGACUGUGACAUGGCUGGAUCCCUCUCUGGGACCAUCUGUGACGCUAAGACAGGGCAGUGCAUCUGCAAGCCCAGAGUUGGAGGGAGACGGUGCAAUGAAUGUUUGGAGGGAUACUUCUACCUCCAGCAAAAUAAUUCUUUCCUCUGUCUGCCUUGUAACUGUGAUAAGGCUGGGACAGUAAAUGGCUCUCUGCUGUGUGACAAAUCAACAGGACAAUGUCCUUGCAAAUUAGGAGUAACAGGUCUUCACUGUAAUCAGUGUGCGCCUCACAGGUACAAUCUGACCAGUGGCAAUUCUCAAGGCUGCCAGAUGUGUGAGUGUGACUCCUUGGGGACAUUACCUGGGAUCACUUGUGACCCAAUCAGUGGCCAGUGCUUGUGUUUGCCUAAUCGGCAAGGAAGAAGGUGUAAUCAGUGUCAAUCAGGUUUUUAUAUUUCUCCAGGCAAUGCCCCUGGCUGCCUGCCAUGUUCAUGCCAUGUAACAGGUGCAGUUCAUCACAUCUGUAAUAGCCUAACUGGUCAGUGCAUUUGCCAAGACGUUUCCAUUGCUGGGCAAAGUUGUGACCAUUGUAGAGACCUUUACUUUGGAUUUGAUCCUCAGACUGGAAGAUGUCAGCCUUGCAAUUGUCAUCUCUCAGGAGCCUUGAAUGAAACCUGUCACUUGGUCACAGGCCAGUGUUUCUGUAAACGAUUUGUCACUGGAUCCAAGUGUGAUACUUGUGUUCCCAGUGCAAGCCAUUUGGAUGUGAACAAUCCACUGGGCUGCAGCAAAACUCCAUCACAACAACCUCCACCCAGAGGACAAGUUCAAAGUUCUUCUGCUAUCAAUCUGUCCUGGAGUCCACCUGAUUCUCCAAAUGCCCACUGGCUUACUUACAGUUUAUUCAGGGACAGUUCUGAAAUCUAUACAACUGAAGAUCAAUACCCAUACAAUAUUCAGUACUUCUUAGAUACUGAUCUGUUACCAUAUACUUCCUAUUCCUAUUACAUCGAGACGGCCAGUGUGCAUGGUUCAACAAGGAGUGAGUCUGUCACUUACAAGACGAAACCAGGGGUCCCAGAAGGAAACUUGAACUUACAUUAUAUCCUUCCUAUUAGCUCAGACUCUGUGACACUUGCCUGGACUGCACCUUCAAAUCGUUCUGGUCCUAUAGAAAAAUAUAUUUUAUCCUGUGCUCCUUCAAGUAGCAAUCAGCCAUGUGUUUCUUAUGAAGGUUAUGAAACCUCCACUACCAUCAGGAAUCUGGUUCCAUUCACCAAGUACCAUUUUUCUGUACAGGCGUGUACUAGUGGGGGUUGUUUACACAGCUCACCCCUUACAGUGAUCACAGCCCAGGCACCUCCCCAAAGGCUGGGUCCACCUGAGGUGCGGAAUAUCGGUUCCACAGAACUUCAUGUAGAAUGGUCUCCUCCAAUGGAACCAAAUGGAAUAAUUAUAAGAUAUGAACUCUACAUGAAGAGAAUGAAAUCUGAUGGAGAAAACACAUCAGCAGAAAGUCGAGUUUUUCAGAGCAGUGGCUGGCUCAGUCCUCACCCACUUGCAGAAUCAGCCAACGAAAAUGCAUUAAAACCUCCUCAAACAGCCACAACCAUCACUGCCUUGGAGCCAUACACCAAGUAUGAGUUUCGAGUCUUAGCUGUGAACAUGGCUGGCAGUGUGUCUUCAGCCUGGACUUCAGAAAGAACGGGAGAAUCAGUACCUGUAUUCAUGAGCCCUCCUUCCGUCUUCCCGCUCUCACCACACUCCCUCAAUGUGUCCUGGGAGAAGCCAGCAGAGAAUGUAACAAGAGGAGAAGUUGUGGGCUAUAAGAUCAAUAUGGUUUCUGAACAGUCACCUCGGCAAUCUCUUCCGGCUGCGUUGUCACAGGUGUUGUACACUGCUAAAUCCCAAGAACUGUCUUAUAUUGUAAAAGAACUAAAACCUUAUAGGAUAUACAACUUUACUAUUUCUCUCUGCAACUCAAUUGGUUGUGUAACCAGUGCGUCAGGAACAGGACAGACAUUAGCAGCAGCACCAACCCAACUGAGGCCUCCUGUGGUGGAAGGAAUCAACAGCACAACCAUCCGUGUUAGAUGGCUCCCACCUGAAGAACUCAAUGGACCUUCUCCUGUGUAUCAGCUGGAAAGAAGAGAGUCAUCUCUCCCAGCUCCCACGGCCAUGAUGAUGAAAGGAAUUCGUUUCAUAGGGAAUGGAUAUUAUAAAUUUCCCAGUUCCACACACCCAGUCAAUACGGACUUUACCGGUAAGUGCAUAUUGACAGGCUUGCUACCCUUCAAAAACUAUGCAGUAACCCUAACUGCUUGCACUUUGGCUGGCUGUACCGAGAGCUCACAGGCAUUGAACAUCUCUACUCCACAAGAAGCCCCACAGGAAGUUCAGCCACCGGUAGCCAAAUCUCUUCCCAAUUCUUUGUUACUGUCCUGGAAUCCACCCAAAAAAACAAAUGGUAUUAUAACUCAGUACUCUUUAUAUAUGGAUGGGAUGCUAAUCUAUUCGGGCAGUGGAAGGAACUACACAGCCACAGAUUUAGCAGUAUUUACACCCCACCAGUUUGUACUUGGUGCCUGCACACAUGUGGGAUGUACAAACAGUUCCCUGGUCAUACUGUACACAGCACAGCUUCCACCAGAGCGUGUGGAUUCCCCACUUCUGACCGUCCUGGAUUCUAGAACUAUCUAUGUACAGUGGAAACAACCAAGAAAUGUAAAUGGGAUUCUGGAGCGCUAUAUAUUAUAUAUUUCAAAUCACACACAUGAUUUUACAAUUUGGGAUGUCAUCUAUAACAGUACAGAACUUUUUCAGGAUCACCUGCUACAAUACUUGUCCCCUGGUAAUAAAUAUCUCAUCAAGCUGGGAGCUUGCACAGGGGGUGGGUGCACUGUGAGCGAGGCCAGUGAGGCCCUAACUGAUGAGCAGGCACCCGAAGGUGUGCCAACCCCCAAAGCACACUCUUAUUCACCUCACUCCUUUCACAUCUCCUGGACAGAGCCUGAACAUCCAAAUGGUGUUAUCACAAGCUAUGGACUAUAUCUGGAUGGUGUAUUAAUUCACAAUUCCUCAGAACUCAGCUGUCAUGCUUAUGGAUUUGCUCCUUGGAGCUUACAUUCCUUCAGAGUCCAAGCAUGCACGGCCAAAGGUUGUGCUCUGGGCCCACUGGUGGAAAAUCGAACUCUAGAAGCUCCUCCUGAAGGAACAGUAAACGUGUUUGUCAAAACAGAGGGAUCCCGGGAAGCCCACGUGAGGUGGGACGCACCUUUUCACCCUAAUGGACGCUUGACAUACUCAGUCCUUUUCACUGGGAUUUUCUAUGCCGAUCAAGCAGAUAAUAACUACACUCUUCUGAAUGGCACACAAGUCAUGCACCGUGGUGAGGAGACCAACCGUUGGGUACUCAUUAAGGGGUUGGUUCCUUUUACUAACUAUACUGUACAAGUGAAUGUUUCAAAUAGCCAAGGCAGCUUGAUGAGCGAUCCUGUAACAUUUGCAAUGCCACCAGGGGCUCCAGAUGGCGUGCUGCCUCCGAGGCUUUCAUCUGCCACUCCAACCAGUCUUCAGGUUGUCUGGUUUACACCAGCUCGCAACAACGCUCCCGGCUCUCCCAGAUACCAACUCCAGAUGAGGCCUGGACACUCCACCCACGGAUUUCUAGAGUUAUUUUCCAAUCCUUCUGCAUCGUUAAGCUAUGAAGUGAGAGAUCUCCAACCAUACACAGAAUAUGAGUUUCGGUUGGUUGCCUCCAAUGGAUUUGGCAGUGCACAUAGUUCCUGGAUUCUCUUCGUGACCACAGAGGACAAACCUGGACCUAUGGACCCUCCAAUUCUUCUGGACGUGAAGUCAAGAAUGAUGUUGGUCACCUGGCAGCAUCCUUUAAAGUGCAAUGGGGUCAUUACCCAUUAUAAUAUUUACCAACAUGGCCACCUCUCCCUGAAAACUUCUGGAAAUGUCACUAAUUGUACAGUGAUCCAUUUGCGCCCAUAUACUGCCUAUAAAUUUCAGGUAGAAGCCUGUACUUCAAAAGGGUGUUCCCUCUCACCGGAGUCCCAGACCAUAUGGACACUCCCAGAUGCACCGGAAGAUAUCCCAAGUCCAGAGUUGUUCUCGGAUACCCCAACAUCUGUGAUUAUAUCUUGGCAACCCCCCAAGCACCCCAAUGGUUUGGUGGAGAACUUCACAAUUGACAGAAGGGUCCAAGGGGAGGAAGAAUUUACUACCCUGGUGACUCUCCCAAGAAGUCAUUCCAUGAGGUUUAUUGACAAGACUUCUGCUCUUAGCCCAUGGACAAAAUAUGAAUACAGGGUACUAAUGAGCACUCUUAACGGAGGUACAAAUAGCAGUGCUUGGGUAGAAGUGACCACGAGACCCUCACGACCUGCUGGGGUACAGCCACCCAAGGUGCAUGUGCUAGGACCCGAUACAGCCGAGGUCACUUGGAAACCCCCCCUCAUGCAGAAUGGAGACAUACUUAGCUAUGAGAUCCGCAUGCCUGAUCCUCACCUCACAAUAACCAACGUUACUUCCUCCGUGUUAAGUCAAGUAAUUACUCAUCUGAUUCCUUUCACUAACUACUCUGUCACCAUUGUGGCUUGCUCAGGAGGUAACGGGUACCUAGGAGGGUGCACAGAGAGUUUACCUACCCAUGUUACCACCCACCCCACCCUACCUCAGGGCAUUAACCCAUUGUUGGCGAUUCCACUAAGUGAAUCGUAUGUUGGGAUUUCAUGGCAGCCACCAUCCAGACCAAACGGACCCGAUUUGAGAUAUGAGCUUCUGAGACGUAAAAUCCAGCAACCACUUGCAUCAAAUCCCCCAGAAGAUUUAAAUCUGUGGCACAAUAUUUAUUCAGGAACUCAGUGGUUUUAUGAAGAUAAGGGUCUUAGCAGGUUUACAACUUACGAGUAUAAGGUGUUUGUACACAACAGCGUGGGUUUCUCACCGAGCCAAGGAGCUACCGUGACAACAUUAGCUGGCCUUCCAGAGAGGGGAGCCAAUCUCACCGUAACUGUUGUUAACCACACGGCCAUAGAUGUGACAUGGGCUAAACCAACCUUUCAAGACCUACAAGGUGAUGUUGAAUAUUAUACACUUUUUUGGAGUUCUGCUACCUCAAAUGAAUCUCUCAAAAUCCUCCCAGAUGUAAACUCUCAUGUCAUCAGCCACUUAAAUCCAAACACGGAGUAUCAGAUUUUUAUCUCUGUCUUCAAUGGAGUCCACAGCAUCAGUGGUGAAGUACUGCGCGCAACCACUUUCGAUGGGGAGCCUCAGGGCAUGCUUCCUCCAGAGGUUGUCAUCAUCAACAGUACAGCUGUAUGUGUCAUCUGGACAUCUCCUUCAAACCCAAAUGGUGUUGUCACUGAAUAUUCUGUCUAUGUAAAUAAUAAGCUCUACAAGACUGGAAUGAAUGUGCCUGGGUCUUUCAUUCUGAGAGACCUGUCUCCCUUCACUAUCUAUGACAUCCAGGUUGAAGUCUGCACCAAAUAUGCCUGUGUGAAAAGUAAUGGAACCCAAAUCACCACUGUAGAAGAUACCCCAAGUGAUAUACCAACACCCACAAUUCAUGGCAUCACUUCAAGAUCCCUUCAAGUUGAUUGGAUGUCUCCAGGGAAGCCAAAUGGCAUUAUCCUCGGAUAUGAUGUCUUACGUAGAACAUGGCAUUCAUGCCCUAAAACUCAGAAGUUAAGGAAGGACCACAGUGGUGAGCUCUGCAAGGCAGUGAAGUGUCAAAAACCUAAAACUAUCUGUGGAGAGAGGUGCUAUUCUCCAGAAGCUCAGGUUUGUUGUAAUGGAGUUCUCUAUGACCCCCAGCCUGGGCACCACUGCUGUGAAGAGAAGUAUAUCCCAUUCAUUUUGAAUUCAACUGUGGUUUGUUGUGGUGGCCGAAUACGAGAGGCUCAACCAAAUCAUCACUGCUGCUCUGGCUAUUACACUAGAAUUCUACCAGGUGAAGUAUGUUGUCCAGAUGAACAGCACAAUCGGGUUUCCACUGGCAUCGGUGACUCCUGCUGUGGCAGAAUGCCUUACUCCACCUCAGGAAACCAGAUUUGCUGUGCUGGGAGGCUUCAUGAUGGCCAUGGCCAGCAGUGCUGUGGUGGACAGAUUGUGAGCAAAGAUUUAGAAUGCUGUGGUGGAGAGGAAGAGGGCAUGGCAUACAGUCGCCUUCCAGGGAUGUUCUGUUGUGGGCAGGAUUAUGUGAAUAUGUCAGAUACCAUAUGCUGUUCAGCUUCCAGUGGAGAGUCUAAAGCACAUGUUAAAAAGAAUGACCCAGUGCCAAUAAAAUGCUGCGAGACUGAACUUAUUCCAAAGAGCCAGAAAUGCUGUAAUGGAGUUGGAUAUAAUCCUUUGAAAUAUGUUUGCUCUGACAAGAUUUCAACUGGAAUGAUGAUGAAGGAAACCAGAGAGUGCGGGACGGUCUGCCCAGCAUCUCUGGAAGCCACAGCAUACUGCGGCAGGUGUGACUUCAACUUUACCAGCCACGUUUGUACUGUGAUCAGAGGACCUCACAAUUCCACAGGCAAGGAAUCAAUAGAAGAAAUAUGCUCAUCUGCUGAAGAGACUGUUCACACGGGUAGUGUAAACACAUUCUCCUUCACAGAUGUGAACCUGGAGCCUUAUAUGGCGUAUGAGUAUAGGAUUUCUGCAUGGAAUAGCUAUGGGCGAGGAUUCAGCAAAGCUAUCAGAGCCAGGACAAAAGAAGAUGUGCCUGAAGGAGUGAGUGCCCCUAGGUGGACCAAAAUGGAUAAUUUUGAAGAUGUGAUAGUCUUAAAUUGGAAGAAACCUAUACAAUCAAAUGGUCCAAUUGUUUACUAUAUUCUUCUCCGAAAUGGGAUUGAAUGCUUUCGGGGAACAUCAUUGAGCUUCUCUGAUACAGAGGGCAUUUGGCCAUUUCAGGAAUACUCAUACCAGCUGAAAGCCUGCACGGUUGCUGGCUGUGCUAUCAGCAGCAAGGUAGUUGCAUCUACGACCCAAGGAGUUCCAGAGAGCAUCCUGCCGCCCAGAGUCACGGCACCCAGCGCAGAGGCUCUGCAUUUGAGCUGGAGUGUCCCUGAGAAACCAAAUGGCAUCAUUAAAGAGUACCAGCUCCGGCAGGUUGGGAAAGGUCUCAUCUACACUGGCACCACUGACAGGAGGCAGCAUACGGUCACAGGUCUCCAGCCAUACACCAACUACAGCUUCACACUUACAGCUUGUACAUCUGCUGGAUGCACUUCAAGUGAGCCUUUUCUAGGUCAGACACUGCAGGCAGCCCCUGAAGGAGUUUGGGUGACACCUCGACACAUUAUUAUCAAUUCUACAACAGUGGAAUUAUUUUGGAGUCCUCCAGAAAAGCCCAAUGGUCUCAUUUCUCAGUAUCAGUUGAGUCGUAAUGGAACCUUGGUUUUCCUGGGUGACAGUGAGGAGCAGAACUUCACUGAUAAAAACCUGGAGCCCAACAGCAGAUACAUUUAUAAAUUGGAAGCCACAACUGGAGGCGGCAGCAAUCCUAGUGAUGAUUACAUUGUGCAAACACCUGUACUGACACCAGAAGAAAUCCAGCCUCCAUAUAACAUCACAGUAAUUGGGCCUUAUUCCAUAUUUGUAGCUUGGACCCCACCAGGGAUCCUCAUCCCCAAAAUGCCUGUGGAGUACAAUGUCUUACUCAAUGCUGGAAGUGUAGCACCUCUGACCUCCUCUGUUGGUCAUCAUCAGUGCCUCCUUCUGGAAAAUUUGGCUCCAUUCACACAAUAUGAGAUAAGGAUACAAGCAUGUCAAAAUGGAAGUUGUGGAGUUAGCAGUAGGACGUUUGUCAAAACAUCUGAAGCAGCCCCAGUGGAUCUACAUCCCCCGGUUCUUAAGGCACUGGGGUCAGCUUGCAUAGAGGUUAAAUGGAUGCCACCUGAAAAGCCAAAUGGAGUCAUCAUCAACUACUUUCUUCACAGACGUUCUGCUGGUAUUGAAGAGGAGUCCCUUUUGUUUGUCUGGUCAGAAGGAGCCCUUGAAUUCACUGAUGCUUCAGAUACUCUGAGGCCUUUCACACUCUACGAAUACCGAGUCAGAGCCCACAACUCCAGGGGCUCAGUGGAGAGUCUGUGGUCAUCAGCACGAACCCUGGAAGCCCCACCUCAAUCUCUGCUGGCACCUUGGGCACAAGCCACCAGUGCUCAUUCAGUUCUGCUGAACUGGACAAAGCCAGAAUUGCCCAACGGCAUUAUCUCCCAGUACCAUGUGGUCUACCAAGAGAGACUGGAUGAUCCAACAUUUAACGUCUCUACUGUGCAUGCUUUCACUGUGAUGGGAAUGAGCCUUCAAGCCCACCUGUUUGGGUUAGAACCAUUCACAACAUAUCACGUUGGAAUUGUGGCCACAAACCAGGCAGGAGAAGUUUCAAGCCCCUGGACUGUGGUUCAAACCCUAGAAUCUUCCCCAAGUGGACUGAGCAACUUUACCGUACAACAACAAGAGAACGGCCGGGCGUUGUUACUACAGUGGUCAGAGCCUGUGAGAACCAAUGGUGUGAUUAAGACCUACAACAUCUUCAGUGAGGGUAUCCUGGAGUACACUGGCUUGAAUCGGCAGUUUCUCUUCCGACGCCUGGUCCCUUUCACUCUCUACACGCUGACCCUGGAGGCCUGCACCAAGGUGGGCUGUGCACACUCAGAGCCCCAGCCUCUGUGGACAGACGAAGCCCCUCCCCACUCUCAGCUGGCUCCUGCGAUCCAGGCUGUAGGGUCCACCAGCAUUGAGCUGAGCUGGUCUGAGCCUCUCCACCCACACGGAAAGAUAAUUCGCUAUGAUGUGAUUCGCAGGUGCUUCGAGGGAAAAGCUUGGGGAAAUCAGACAAUCCAGGCCGAUGAGAAAAUUGUUUUCACAGAAUAUAAUACUGAAAGGAACACAUUUAUGUAUAAUGACACUGAUUUGCAGCCUUGGACGCAGUGUGGGUACAAAAUCCACACUUGGAAUUCAGCAGGCCACACCUGUAGCUCUUGGAACAUAGUAAGGACAAAGCAGGCACCUCCGGAAGGUCUCUCUCCACCUGAGGUAGCCUGUGUAUCUGUGAAUCCUCCAAAACUGCUGAUUUCCUGGAUCCCACCAGAACAGUCUAAUGGUAUUAUCCAGUCAUAUAAACUUCAAAGGAACGGAGUGCUCUAUCCUUUCAGCUUUGAUGCUGUGACUUUCAAUUAUACUGAUGAAGACCUGCUUCCAUUUUCCACGUACAGUUAUGCAGUCAUAGCCUGCUCAGAUGGAGGCUGCUCCACCAGCAAAACCACCAGUUUUACCACUCCUGAGGCUGCUCCAGCAGGAGUCAGCCCUCCAGCUCUCUGGACCAUCAACUCAACUCAAAUAAAUGUAUCGUGGGCACCACCAUUGAUUCAAAACGGAAAGAUCACUAAAUAUUUGCUUAGAUUGGACGGUAAGGAGUACCUUGCUGGGCAGAGCCUGUCCCUGCUUGUUUCUGACCUACAACCUUAUACUCAGUAUAAUUUCUCCCUGGAAGCCUGCACAAAUGGAGGUUGUACAACUAGUGCAUCCAAAUCUGCCUGGACCAUGGAGGCCCCACCGCAGAGCAUGGACCCUCCAAAACUGCAAGUCACAGGCUCAGAAUCUAUAGAAAUCACCUGGAAACCUCCCAGAAAACCAAACGGCCAGAUCAGAAGUUAUGAACUCAGACGGGAUGGAACCAUUGUCUAUACAGGCCUGGAAACUCGCUAUCAUGAUUUUACUCUCACCCCAGGUGUGGAGUACGGCUACACAGUGACUGCCAACAACAGCCAAGGGGGUAUUUUGAGUCCACUCAUCAAAGACAGAACCAGCCCCUCAGCACCUUCAGGGAUAGAACCUCCAAAAUUAAAGGCCAAGGGUCCACAACAGAUUUUAGUGAACUGGGAUGCUCCAGUGAGGACAAAUGGCGAUAUUGUCAAUUAUACCCUCUUUAUCCGAGGGCUGUUUGAAAAAGAAACAAAAAUCAUACACAUCGAUACAACUCAUAGUUCUUUUGACACACGGUCAUUCGUAGUAGACCAGCUGAAGCCAUUUCACAGGUAUGAAGUACGAGUUCAAGCCUGCACCAUGCUGGGAUGUGCGUCAAGUGACUGGACAUCCCUACAGACCCCUGAGGUUGCACCUCUGAUGCAGCCCCCACCCCAUCUAGAGGUACGGAUGGCUCCAGGUGGAUUCCAGCCCACAGUUACCCUUUCGUGGAUGGGACCACUUCAGCCAAAUGGAAAAGUUUUAUAUUAUGAGUUAUACAGAAGACAAAUAGCAACGCGGCCUGGAAAAUCAAAUCCAGUGUUAACCUAUAAUGGAAGCUCAAGCUCUUUUACGGAUUUCGAACUAUCGCCUUUCACAGAAUAUGAGUAUCAGGUCUGGGCAGUGAAUUCAGCAGGAAAAGCCCCCAGUACCUGGACAUGGUGUAGAACUGGGCCCGCUCCCCCAGAAGGUCUCGGAGCCCCCACAUUCCAUGCAGUCUCUUCCACCCAAGCAGUGGUCAACAUCAGCGCCCCUGGGAAGCCCAACGGAAUCGUCAUUCUCUACAGGCUGUUCUCCAAUGCCAGUGGGGCAGAGACAGUGUUGUCUGAAGGCAUGGCCACCCAGCAGACUCUUCACGGCCUGCAGCCCUUCACCACCUACUCCGUUGGGGUGGAGGCCUGCACCUGCUUCAACUGUUGCAGCAAAGGGCCAACGGCAGAGCUGAGAACUCAUCCCGCUCCACCCUCGGGACUGUCGUCUCCCCAAAUCCAGACGCUGUCCUCGAGGACAGGUUCCUUCCGGUGGAGCCCACCCCUGUUCCCCAAUGGUGUCAUUCAAAGCUAUGAGCUUCAGCUCUACGCGGCUUGCCCUCCGGAUUUAGCCACGCUGUGUGCCCCUGGCCAAGCAGAGACCAAGUAUGUGGGGCUGGGGCUGACAGCCAGCCUUGAGGGCCUCCAGCCCUACACCACCUACAAACUCAGAGUGGUGGCCCACAACGAGGUGGGCAGCAUGGCUUCUGGAUGGAUCAGCUUUAUCACUCAAACAGAAUUGCCCCAGUACCGAGGCCCAUUUUUGGUGGACAGCAAUUUGUCUCUGGUGCGUGUGGACUGGAGUGGCUCUUUCCUGCUGAACGGCCCACUGAAGGAGUUCGUGGUGACCGACGGAGGCCAGCGUGUGUAUAGUGGCUUCGACACCACCCUCUACCUGCCGAGGACAGCGGACAAAACCUUCUUUUUCCAGGUCAUCUGCACCACAGAUGAAGGAAGCGUUAAAACACCUGUGGUCCAAUAUGAUACCUCUACCGGAUUUGGCCUGGUUCUGACAACUCCUGAAGAAAAGAGAGGAUUGGGGAGCAAAAGCACUGAGUUCUACAGCGAGUUAUGGUUCAUCGUGUUAAUGGCGAUUCUAGGCUUGAUCUUGUUGGCCAUUUUUCUGUCUCUGAUACUACAAAGAAAAAUCCACAAAGAGCCAUAUAUCAGAGAGAGACCUCCCUUAGUACCUAUUCAGAAGAGAAUGUCUCCACUGAGUGUCUAUCCACCCGGGGAAACCCAUGUGGGAUUAGCUGAUACCAAAAUUCCCCGGUCCGGGACACCCAUCAGUAUUAGGAGCAACCGGAGCAUAUCCGUACUUCGGGUCCCAAGUCAGAGCCAAAUAAGCCAAACCUAUUCCCAAGGCUCUCUCCCUCUCAGUGUCAGCCAACUCAUGGACAUUCAAGACAAGAAAGUCUUGAUUGAUGACUCGCUGUGGGAAACCAUCAUGGGCCAUGAUAGUGGAUUGUAUGUGGAUGAAGAGGACCUGAUGAAUGCCAUCAAGGGCUUCAGUUCUGUGACUAAAGAGCACACCACAUUCACGGACACCCAGCUGUGAAGGAUGGAAACUUGCAAGACAAAAAGCUGCAAGACCUGCUCCAUACCCCCUCCCCACCGGGUUGUCACUGACUGACACACCAUACAUGCUAAAAAGCAUCGCUUCUUAUUCUGUAAUCCUUUUUUAAAAAACAAGGAUUGUUUUUGAAAUUGUUCCUCCUUAA